GGCCCGGAGCGGGUCGGAGGCCGGGGUCGGGGGGCGGCGGCUCCUCGUGCAACUCCGGCGACUCGGGGUCCCCGGCAGGGCCCUGGCGGGGCCAUGGCAGCCGGGAGCAUCACCACGCUGCCCACCCUGCCCGAGGACGGCGGCAGUGGCGCCUUCCCGCCUGGCCACUUCAAGGACCCCAAACGGCUGUAUUGCAAAAAUGGGGGCUUCUUCCUGCGCAUCCACCCUGACGGCCGAGUGGACGGGGUCCGGGAGAAGAGCGACCCUCACAGUUUACUGGUCGUCCCCUCCUUCCCGGAGCUGCAAAGACUCGAGGUGUGUUCCACUUUCCUGGCUAAACAUUUCCCCUGGACCGGGAGCCACAGGGCACCCGGCUUCGCCGAUGGCCUCCCUUCGCGCAGACAACCUGUCGCGUCAGGGAUGUCCUGUCCGGAGAAGAG